GCGAGGUGAGAGACAGGAAGGUCAUCCUGAUUCCAGCCUCAGGCACGUCCGGGCGCGGCGAUCGCAGGGGACAGAUAGAGCGGCUACACCGCUUGGGCUCUGCCGCGCGCCCGCGCCGCACCGGGCCGACUCCGAGGCGCCCCGGGCUUGCGGUCAGAGCCUGGGGAGAGGCCGACCCAUGGAAGUUGCAUCCUGGACAGUCCGGGCUGCGACGCUGAAGAGCACCGAGCCAGUGCUCGGCCGAGCCUCCCGCCCGGAUCCCCGGCAAAGCCCGCCCAAGACCUGCUGUUGACCUUCGUCUGCACUGCUCACUGGUGACCCGAGUCUUCGCUGCCCUAGUUGCAGCCACUUGGCAUCCCCAAGACUGCCCGGGAUCUGCAAACCUGGGGCUUGGAUUCUCUUCAGAGACUCAUACUGAGUGGUGGACCUUGUGAAGGGCUCACUAACUCAAUUCCUGCUCCUUUCACGUGUGUUAUAUACUGAGAGCCCUGAGAAGCAACUGUUCCUCGCUGAGGAAGGAAACUGCCGUGAUUUACCAAAACCAGAAAUAAUCCACAUGAUCACAAAAUGAGUCAGGAUGGAUCCCGAAGCGGUGCAGCUGGAGAAGCAGCACGUGCACAAGGUCUAUGAGAGCACCGCCCCCUACUUCAGUGACCUUCAAAACAAAGCUUGGCCCCGCGUCCGCCAGUUCCUGCAGGACCAGAAGCCAGGCAGCCUCAUCGCUGACAUUGGUUGUGGAACUGGAAAGUAUCUUAAAGUGAAUAGCCAAGUACAUACUCUGGGCUGUGACUACUGUGGCCCUCUGGUAGAGAUUGCCCGGAAUAGAGGGUGUGAAGUCAUGGUAUGUGACAACCUUAAUCUCCCCUUUAGGGACCAGGGCUUCGAUGCUAUCAUCUCCAUAGGAGUCAUACAUCAUUUCUCUACAAAACAGAGAAGAAUCAGAGCAAUAAAGGAAAUGGCCAGAGUCUUAGCUCCCGGAGGCCAGCUGAUGAUUUACGUCUGGGCAAUGGAACAGAAGAACCGACACUUUGAGAAACAGGAUGUGCUUGUGCCAUGGAACAGGGCACUCUGUUCCCGGCUGCUGUCAGAAUCCCACCAGUCGUGGGGGCAUUCGUGUGAGCAUCCCACGAGCCAAGGCUACCAGGGCCCUGGCUCCGCCUGCAGCUGCGCAGUGUGUUUUAAGGGCAGAUGUGAUUCCAAGAGGUCCCACAGCAUGGACUACGGGCCUGCGGUGGCCAGAACCUGCUGCGAAGCUAUUUCGAAGGAAGGACAGGAAGAGAAUGGAUUAUAUAGCAAUUUUGGAAAAUCCUUUCGCUCCUGGUUUUUUUCCAGGUCUUUGGAUGAAUCAACCCUGAGGAAGCAAAUUGAAAGGGUCAGGCCGGUGAAAAUCACAGAGGGCUGGGCCAACAGCACCGUGUCCCACCAGCCUUCCCGAUACCCCAGCUUAGACUUGCAUGCCCAGGAGCCGUUUUCAACAAAAGGACCGAACUUAGAUGAGGUGUUCGUAGACGCAUCUUCUCAAAGACACGUGGGCUGCCUGGGAGUACCCAGCACUUCAGACGACUUCACCCGACACAAGGGAGGAGAGAGUAGGAGGAAGGAGGGGGGCAAUUUUCUGGACACCACUGAUACCGGGGACAGUGUGGCUGCAAGAAAUGGCGGUGAUCGUUCUGCCAGAAAAACAUUAAGGAGGGUUUCUGCAUUCGACUCCACGGACUCCAACUCAGAAGACCCAAGCUUUGUGGAAGGGCAACAGGAUGCUCCAGAUUCCAAAGCCUUCAUGCGUUACUACCACGUGUUCCGGGAAGGUGAGCUGUCCAGCCUGCUGCAGGAAUGUGUGGCUGAACUGCAGGUCCUGAGCUCCGGCAAUGACCAUGGUAACUGGUGCAUCAUCGCAGAGAAAAAGAGGAGCUGGGAUUAACUACAUCGCUCAAGGCAGAGGCUACAGCCCAUCAUCUGCUCAACGGGCCUGAUGUGGACACCAGAAUCGGCACCCUAGUUCAUUGCUUUCAAAUCCAGGUACGAGUCCGAACGUGAGCACUGUGCCCUCAUCCUCCGAACUGUUGAGUAAGCAGGAAGGCUGGCACGUCCUGCCUCUGCUGCGGGAUCUGCCUGCUGACGUUUCAGUCAAAGGAUCCGAGGAAGCAGUAGAAAGUAAACUUGAGUACAGACUUGAUCUUAUUCCUUCCAGAGAUGAAAUUAUUACGAUACGUGUACGUCAAGUGUCAGUAUUAUCUUUUGGUUUUUAAAUAUUCCCCUGUUAAAUAUACCUUUUAUAAGUAGUAAUUUUUAAAAAUAAAUUAUGUUGGUUCUCAGGUAGUUACUUAGAUCCCUGUGGAAGGUAACAGAGACACCUGUGCUGUUGCUGGGCGGGUGUUUAAGGCUCGCUGUGGUGGUACCUCGUUUCUGGACUUUGUUGCUAACUCCAUCAACCCUUCCAGUAUCGCCCAGACCCUCUAAAUUACAUGCAAACGCCCUUAGGGAUGAUCGAUGUUACUAAUACUGUCUUCAGCAUUGCUCUGAGGCUUUUACAAGGCGCUGUUAGCAGAGGGUUGGUGUUAAAGCAGGCAGUUUGCAUGCCGUGGAAUCAGCAUACAUCCAUGGCACCACUGACAGAAGAAAAAGUAAACAAAGGAUUGUUAGCGUGCAGAGUGCAUUACAUGGAUAGCAGAUGGUAUGUCCCCUGGUCACAUUUUCCCCAAAGGCAUUAAGAGCAUAAAUAUCUAACUGAGGUUGUGCCAAAAUUAUCCAGAAUUUUCAACUAGGAAGUGCAUAUCUGAGUUAGCUAAGAGUCUAAUUGGAGCCGUUUUACUUUGGCUGUGAGGACAGAUCUGGAAAGCGUCAUGUAUUUAGUGGACACAUUACUGGGAUCCGCUGCUGCAUGCCGUGGCAUUUAUUCCCUUGAAGGUGACCACAUUAGAUCAUUGUAUCAGUGACCUGGACGGAAUCAAAGCUUGGUCACAGGUUGAAUUGCUGGUACUCUAGAGUGCAAUGAUUAGACUGGGUAUGGUACAAAUCAAUACUCUUUUAUUUUUAAAGACUUAAUCAUGAGUCUGAUUAAUUCUAUGUUGUGGAUCCCAAUAACAAUUAUGACAGAACUCAAGACUGAACUCAGGAGAAACAAAAAUAAGUUGGCCAAGGAGUAUGGUUCCAGAUAAUUCGUUAACAAGCAGGAAAUCAAAUAGUCAUUGUACUUUCUGGACCGAUAUAAUGAUGGAGAUUGGAUUAAAAUCCAAUCUUCACUUUCUUUUUUUCUCCCAUUACAAAGUUAACAAAAAUUGCAAUGGAUCAUAUUUAUUUGGUGUUUACCCUCUUCAGAGAUUUUGCUGGACUGUAACGAAAAUGAAGCUACUUUUGAAAAACAAAACUCAAAGGUGCUUUGAAAAUGCAAAGUGUAUCUUGUAAACUUUAGAAUGAAUCAGAUAAUUCCUGAGGUUCUUUCAAGUCCAAGUUCCGUCUCUUCAACCCCGCUGUGGAAGUGGCAUGUGUGUCUUGUACUUUCCAGUGUACACUUUGUACAGGGAGGUGUGAAAAUAGGCAUGGGGUAAAGCAUAGAUUAAAAUUUACUGUGCCUUCCACUUCUUCAAAUGAAGAUAUUAAACUCCAUGUACGGUGGCUUCCUGGGAGAAGCGGUGACUCUGAACUAGUCAGCAGUAAUGACCUCUUUAUUAUGGAUUCCCGCUUCUCUGAGGUCUGUGUCACUUUGACUUGGCUUUCGGUGCUGGAUGUCUGAGCCUGACAUCACCCUGGUUGGAAUGUGCUACCUAAAGGUCAUUCUAUGGAACUCAGUUCAUCAGGCUGUGGUGACAGGAUGGUUUACCAGCUGAUAUGUCUGAACAAGCUCACAAAAUAAACACACACCCCGUCUAGUAUU